UGCAUGAAUCGUGGGUUCCAAGUCAGUGGCAGCAGCUUCGAAAUUUCCUGUCAGCCCUACACUCACAGAGCCGAGUCGAGGCGAGGGCGGAGGAGAAGAAGCGGAGAGAGGGAUGGCAGAGAACAGCUCCGAGACGAGCAGCUCCGUUCACCGGAGAGGUCUGACCCCUUCUUCGGCAGAAAGAAGCCUGUCACCCGGGGUCAGCGCGGUAUCGAAAUGGAUUCGAUUAAACGUCGGGGGAACGUAUUUGACAACGAGACAGACGCUGUGUCGAGAUCCCAAAUCCUUUCUCUACAGACUGAGCCAGGCUGACCCCGAGCUAGACUCCGACAAGGAUGAAACUGGUGCCUAUCUUAUCGACAGAGACCCUACAUACUUUGGGCCAGUGCUGAACUACUUGAGGCACGGCAAACUGGUGCUGAACAGGGACUUGGCUGAGGAAGGAGUGCUAGAGGAAGCUGAGUUCUACAACAUCACAUCAUUAAUAAAGCUUAUCAAGGACAAGAUCAGGGAACGCGACUGUAAAACAUCACAGGUCCCGGUGAAGCAUGUAUACCGGGUGCUGCAGUGCCAGGAGGAGGAGCUGACACAGAUGGUGUCCACCAUGUCUGACGGAUGGAAGUUUGAACAGCUUGUCAGUAUAGGUUACGGGCGGGCCCACCAGUCAGAGUUUCUGCUGAUUGUGUCAAGGGAGGUGAAGGGAGAGGAGUCUGCUUUGCCAAACAACAGCGGAGAGCUGGUCAGCAUAGGCUCCUCUUACAACUACGGAAACGAAGACCAAGCCGAGUUCCUGUGUGUAGUCUCCAAGGAGCUGCACAAUCAAUCAUACGGGACAAACAGUGAGCCCAGUGAGAAGGCAAAGAUCCUUCAGGAAAGGGGCUCCCGGAUGUGAAGAGGACUCAGUAUUAUGAGCUCCAGGUGUUAUGAUACAAACAUAUCAUCUUUGUGGAAGAACGUUUGGCACAAUGGAGAUUUAAAGGGAGGGGUGUGCAUUUCUUUUGUGUUUUCCCUCCAUUUUGGUUUUUAUUUCUUGAUGUAAAUAAGUCUGUUUACUGACAAUUUGUGCCUGUACGUUGAAACUGGACCUUUGUUUUUUUUAUUAGUGACAACAAGUUUCUAAUUGAAAGUGAGGAAUUGCAAUCUGCAUAUGUUUUAUGGUAUAAACUAUGGCUGUGAUCAUUUAAGGCCAAUGAUUCACUCAGGGUCAUUUGUUGAGUUAAUUCUUAUAUCCUCCAACUCAAGCGUCUGGAAAGGGAUCAGUAGGGUCUUUAAAACUCAAAGUAUCAAACUAAGAAUCAUCAUUUAAAGAUGCUAAGAAGGGAAUGAUGCAUUUAUUUAGCAUAUUUUAUAGAUUUCAGCUAUUAAAUGUGAAGCUGACCCCAAAAACAAAUCAGAACAAAAUACUUCCCCAUAGAUUUGAAACAGUUAUUCAGAGAUUUGUGAUCAUGAGGAUCCAAGCUACACAAUACACAUUUCAGAUGAUAUCAAAGUGAUAAAAAUCAGUCUCAGACAAAAACUUCAGUCAACAACAUUUUCGUCUGUGAUUCAUUGCUGUGGGUGAAGGGGCAUUGGGGCUCUUUUUGGUGACAAGAAAAUGACCAGAUACCUGAGAGUCUCAUUUUUACAGGACCUAAUUCUGGAGCAGGAAUAUCUGCAUUAUAUUGAAAUGUUAUGAUCUAAAUGUUAUGAUUGCUUUCUUGGCUUUGAGAAGUCACAUGUCAGUGUAGCUGCUUCUGGCACUAUGUACUCUUUAUCUUGCAACCUUAGUAACAAAGUAACCCACAGAUAUGACCUCUGUGUGCUGUGGGAGUAAGUGCUUAUACAUUUUAAAGAAAGUCCACGUACCUGUUUUUUAAGGAUGAGACAUUUAAGUAUUGGAGAUAACUUUUAACCGCAUUCAGGAUGUUUAAAGUAAGAUUUCUGCUGCCUCUACAACUCGAACGUUUAUUAGCUGCGAGGAGUAAAAUUGUUCCUUUCAAAUGUAAAGUUCAUAUCAAGUUAAAUUUGUCAGACAUUUUUCUUGUCUUCGACUUUAGUUCCUCAUGUUCAUUAGUCUAAAACUAACUGCCAAAAUAGUCACAGGUGUUUUCAAAUGUGAAUUCUGGUUUACAGUGACUUUUAUUUUUUAAACAUCAGUGUCCUCCAAUGACUUCCUGUUUCCUGCCUGGAAAAACAUCCUCAGGACAGUGGAGUCUUUAUAUAUAUUUUUUAACCCACUGUCAUCUGAGUUUUCCUUAACUAGUGUAUUUUGUAUGUUUUGAGGGAACAUUUGUUUCAUUAAGAUCUUUUUAUUUUGAGGGGAAGUAUUUGUGGUGUGUGCAGUUUGGGGACUAGAACUUUUUGAAUGCAGGAGUGAAGGACUUUCUGUUCAUAUCCAGAGGAGGUUUUGUUUUGAUGUAAAUAAUCCAAAUUCAAUAUUAAUAUUUAACUCUUACAAACAAACUGCACGUUUUGUACACUGUAUAGAAAACCCAACUUCGAGAGGAAGUUGUUUAUACUGGAUCUUUAAAAAGCGAGAAAACCUUGACAAUGUUCACUUUGCAUCGUUUGUACAGAGAUUUCCAAGUGAGGAUUGAAACAGCUGAUGCUGCGUUUGAUGUCUUUCACUGACGAACAUGCCUGGAACAUGUUUUGAUAUAUCUAAUAACAAAGCUACACUUGGCUGGCUAUGAAGUUGACUGUUACAUUUAAGAAAAAAACAAAUGUAUUUUUCCUGCAUUGUGAUAGAUUCUAAGCAUUUUUGAAUUGUGUAGAUUUCAUACACAGCAUUACAAGCACUACAGUGAGGAAACAACACUGUGCACAUUGCUUAUAAGCCUGUAAUGUUGUUGAUGUAAAUACUUCAUUUUAGAACACUUUUUUUUUUAUAGAAAGUUGUUUUCAGGUUUGCUGUGUGGUUUUUGAUAGGUGGAUAUUUCACUCACAAAUAAUCAGUUAGUGUUGCCUUUUUUCCCAAUGACCAAAAUCCAAUGUCUUAUGUGUAUUGUACACAUUAAUCUUAGUGUCAGGGACGAGUAAACUUUUCUUAAUGCUGGCACACUUUGUACAUAUAGACUUGUUAAUGACACACAAACCUCCAUUUACUCACAUGUACACUUAUACACUUGACUAAACAAUUUUUAUAUCGUUGGGGAAACAAGUAUGGAUGCAUGUUUUUGAUAUAGAUCUUCACACAUGUACACACAAACACACACAAGGGCUUUUAAAGUGCAAAAGUUUGAUAUCUGCAAACCGGUUCAAUCAAGGUAGACUGGAUUUCCUGCCAGAAAUAGGCUAUGUUUACAUUUGCUAUAGUAUUCUGAAGCCUUCCAAUUACGUACUGUCUUGCACUCCCUCUCACAUGUUUUAAACAUUGGUCUGACUUGUGUGAACGCACUGAUUGCAACUAGCACUCCCCAUUCCACCUGAACUGAUAUUCACACAGAUAUACUGACUGAUUGAAAACAAUAAACUCCAUCCAUUUCUGACAGCCUGUGCUUGAGCGUUGCAGACAAUCUUGCUUUCCGCCCUCACUUGUAAUAGAGUGAAACUUAACCCGCGUUUGCUCAGAGUAACAGCUAAUUUAGGAGUCCUCCUUUUGAGACUUUUUUCCUGCAAUGAGAUUUAAAGUGUUGUGCUUUGAUUUGCUUGAUUUAGUUGUAACUUUAUUUGAUAUACUCUGGUCUGAGGUGUUAAACACCUCCACUUCAGCAGCUUAUACCCUUCACAAACAGGUUGUCUGGUUGAGCAUUUGGCAUUGAUAAUCAUUUGUGUAAUGGACAAACUUAUUGAAUCUGUAGCCUGAUACUUAUAAGUGCCCAGUUUGUUUUGCAUUCAAGUCAUAACCCACAGACCACUGUAUUGCAUGAUUGAAGAUGAUCACACUUAUAAUCAGAGGGAAUGAAUGUGUCAUUUUUCCUCAAUCUAGCAAUUGCAUCAAUGAAUAAGGUUCUCAUAUCACUACAUAGAUCACGUCUAUAUGAUCUUAUGCAAUGUUCAAGUUAUACAAUCUAAGUAUGAGGUAAAGGCUAUAGAUCUGUAUGGUCUUGCAUAAGGUUAAUUCAAUAAAAAUGCUGUCAUUGA